AUGUCAGGGAAGAGGAAAAAAGUUACACUGACAAUACAGAAGAAGCUAGAAGCCCUAUUUAGGAUUGACAAAGGUGAGGCAUUGAAAAGUGUUGCUACCGACUUGGGAGUGGGCACAUCCACUGUUUCUGACUGGAAGAAGAACAGAAAGGAAAUUGAGGACUUCUGUGCUAAGAUAGUAUCUAGGGACUGCUUGGGCCAUAGGGAAACUAUCAAGAAAGCAAAAAAUGUAACACUGGAUGAUGCUUUAUACGUAUGGUAUAUUCAAGAACGUGAAAAUGGUACAGCUGUAUCUGGACCGAUACUGAGGAAAAAAGCUCUCAGCCUUAAUAAAAAGUUAGCUGGUGACCCUACCUUUACAGCAAGUGUAGGCUGGCUAGGGAGAUGGAAAGCACGCCAUGGGAUAAAAUUCAAUCUUUCUAGUGAAUCUUUUCUGAGGAAUUCUACUCCCAAUGACAAUACGGAUCAUCAUUUACUACUGGAAGAUGACCUUGUAACAGUGUGUUUGUCAACACAAGAUGAUGAUGAUGAUGAUGAUGACGACGACGAUGACGACGAUGAUGACGACGAUGAUGAUGAUAAUGAUGAUGAGGAAAUACAAAAUUCUCUAGACAACAGGUGUCACAACAAUUCAACCAGCUUGAACCAUGCAGAGGCUGUAGAUAUGUUAGACAAGUUAAUGACAUACUUAGAGGACCAAGAUGAUACUUUACAACAUGAACUAAUAACUCUAAAACAAUUAUAUGAUCGUGCAACAAAAAAGUGUCUACUGACUUUGAAACAGGAAGAUACUAGUGACUUUAUCAAAUAA